AAAAUCUCGAGCCACAACAUCAUGUUCAGCGUGUUGAUGAGCCAAAAACGCAUGGAAUGAGGCAGGCGCAUGAAGCCGACAACGCAGAGUGUGGAGCAGCACUACAGUUUAACACUUCUGGCAGUCCUAAUGCAAAAAAGAAAACCGCAAAUGGAGACAGUACUGGAGGAGCAUCUUUGGCCGAGAAUGUGCGAUCAACAUCUGCCCCAGUCGUGCCCGCCGAAGAAACGAUCGCAAAGCGAGAUGGCCCUAGGAGAAAAGACGUUCCUGAGCAAAAGGCGC